UUUAAAUUUCUUAUCAUGUGCAAAUUUGCACAUGAUAGAAAAAUCCUUUUUUUAACUAUAGUAAAAUCUGAUAUAUAUACAUAUAGGUGUGAGCCAUAUGAUCCACCUGCGUUUAGGGCAUGGGCAGUUAAAGGAUGGUGCACAGCAAUUCCUCCGGUAUUAAAGCUAUUUAACAAGUUGAUAGAUAAUGGAUUUAAGGUAAUACUCCUGACUGGAAGAGAUCAAGAAUCACUUGGUCAAGUUACUGUUGACAAUUUGCACAAUCAAGGAUUCAUUGCAUACGAAAGACUCAUUAUGAGGACAGCAGCAUAUAAAGGGCAAAGUGCAGUAAUGUAUAAAUCCAAUAUAAGGAAGCAAUUAGAGGAUGAAGGUUACAAAAUAUGGGGAAAUGUAGGGGACCAAUGGAGUGAUCUCCAAGGAAACUCUUCCGGAAACCGUACAUUCAAGCUCCCUAAUCCUAUGUAUUUUGUUCCCUAACUUCUUUAAUGUAUGUUGGGACAAUUGUUAAUUUAUUUCAGCAAAUAUAAGUAAAUGUUUUUAUUUAUUCA